AUGAUGUCAUCUCUGUCCACAAUAUCUCUUCUCCUUCUUUCUCUUUUAUGGGCGGUCAUCUCAGUUGACGCGUCUUUCCAGCCACUUCCGCUGCCGAUACUUAUGUCCGGCCCUCACUCUUUCGCCUUUAAUUCCACAGAAAAUGGAUUCUACACUGGAGUCUCCGGUGGUACAAUCCUCAAGUAUACUCCCGAGGAGGGUUUUGUCGUUUUUGCACACAUCACAGAAUCAUCGAGCUCUUUAUUGUGCUACGGUUUACAAGAACCGAUUUCCUCCAGAAGGUGCGGCCGACCGGCGGGGAUAGCCCUCAAUGAGGUAACAGGUGAUCUCUACGUCGCCGAUGCUCUGUUGGGUCUUCACGUUGUUUCUCCCGCCGGUGGUUUGGCCGUAAAGAUCGCCGACGGUGUUGAUGGAAAUCCCUUUGAGUCUCUCAAUGGUCUUGACGUUGAUCCAACAACUGGUAUCGUCUACUUCACUUCCUUGAGCUCACGCUUCACCGCAUACCAAAUGCAUCUUGUUAUGUUUCUGGACGACGAAACAGGAAAACUCUACAAGUACGACCCAUCAACUAAGGUUGUCACCGUAUUGAUGGAAGGUCUAGGCGGCGCAGCUGGUGUUACCGUAAGCUCGGAUGGUUCUUUCGUGUUGGUUAGUCAGUUUACAAAGUAUAACAUCAUUAGGUAUUGGAUCAAAGGACCUAAAGCUGGUUCUUCUGAAGACUUCAGCAAUUCGCCAUCGCAUUUACACCCUAGCAGUAUCAGAAGAAUUGGUUCUACUGGAAAUUUUUGGAUCUCUGCCGUGCAGAGGGUUACCAACCAAACAGCCGUCGCCAAAGUCGACUCUAACGGUGAAGUGCUUCAGAGAAUUUAUAUGCCUCUUUAUUAUGAUUUUCUUACCGAAGUUAACGAGUUCCACGGUAGUCUAUACUUCGGGAGUCUCACUGAACGAUAUGUUGGACUUGAGACGUUUUAA